CUUUUCAAAGAGUUGCUUAUCGCUCUCCUCCCUUUGUUGCUGUCGUUUUUCCAAAAGAACUUUUGAGGAUAAAAACAAAGCAGACGCCUCGAACGGCCUUUUGAUUUUGGGGAUAUCUGUUGAUUGACGAUUGAAACGCUAAACAUACACAAUCAAACGCAUCCCAACAACAACCGUGUUCAUCAAAUCUAUUUUCUGACUAUAAAAGCCUCGUUUCGAUUCACGGCUUUCCUUCCUACAUUUGCAUAUUACAAAGGGAAAAAAGGAUGCUAAACGAGCUAUCAGCCGCAUCGACGUUUCUCGCAUCACAUCUGCCAUCGUCAACUCCCGCUGCGACUCGGGCACGUUUCCAAUCCGUCCUGUCCUCAAGAAUGCAAUCGAAAUUUUCUCAGCAUUGGGACCCGUCGCAUCCAUUGCGAGGAAAUGGGUUCCGCGCCAUUUCGAUUCUCGGUGGACGCGUCGAUGCUCUAAUUGUCGACGCUGCUGAGGACGCGGGUGUACAGCAGCACUCUCUCGACAAGGCUUUUCCAGAUGAGUUUGUACUGUGGACUGACCCUGGGUCUGUGUCUUACAGAGUCGGUGAGAGAGCAUAUCCUGUCACAGUUUGGGAAGACAAGGGCGUGAGCCAAAGCUCAGACGCAAGAAAAGGUGGGCGAACAAGUCCUGUGACCGUGACCAUUAAAGCACCUCCCCAAGCGCCUACUUCACAGCCGCAACCCGCUGUGGAGCGCUUGUCGACCUCAUCAAAAGGCAAUACGCCGUCUGCAGCGCCAUAUACCGUUCCCCAGCCCAUACUGGUCUCUUGAGAAUGCCAUAGCUGGGUUGUUACCUUUUCCCUGUAAAUGUUACGUUUUCCGCUUGUUCUUGAUAUUUUGCAUGUUGAUGAGUUUAGAGAUGUAGUUUGCCUAGUUUCACUGUUAUUUUUUAGAUUCUUUUCUUGAACAUAAUAUAAAGCAUUUGGAUAUCCAACUGAAAUGAGAAAGGAUCAUCGUUGGGUGUAUGUACAAUAUAUUCGAUGAUGUCCUUAUAAAUCCUAA